AUGAUGACGAUAAAGCCCAGGAGGGCUUCUGCUGCUGCUGAUGGGCAGCAAACAUUCUCACUUUCUCUGCUACUGCUGCUGUUGCUGGGCUUGCAUCAACACCUGUUGCCCGGCGUGGACUCGGCUUGCACCGGCAAGCCCAAGACCCCCGCCAUUUCCGUGUACGGCGGGGGCAAGGCCGAGUUCACAGUCUCGGGUUGCACGUCCUUCGCUGCCAACGACAAGCUGAGGUGUUACUUUGACGGCAACCAGGCCACGUUCACGUACGGGAUCGCCGCGAGCGCCACUCUGGUCUCCUGCACCACUCCUCAGAUCAACCGCGUCGACAAGAUGGUAUCUGUUCAAGUAGCGAAAGACUCCGCUCCGACAACCGUGCUUUUCACCACCAGCGUCAGCGUGAUGGAGGAGCCGCACAACGCAGCGACCCUGGAGUACACGCAGACCUCAGACACCGUCAAAGUCAAGUCAAGAGGACGGCGUCUGUAUUCCACUGUGUCCAGUUUCCUGGAGAGAAUGUGGAAGGACACACAGGUGACCUGCACUGGCUGGGACUCUAGUGCCCCCGCGGCUCCAACAGAUGUCCUUCCUUGUCCCCCGACUGAGAGACAAGCCAGGUUCGACACCAACUUCUACAGGGUGUCCUACAAUGUUAACUUCUACCACCCGGGCUCUACAAGGUGUUACAGGUCCACGAGAUACGCGCCGGCGUCACGCGGUGGACAGCAGUGCUGUUACACGAGCAACGACGACAUGAACUGCUCGAAUCGUGGUGGAGGCUGGGUGCUCCACACGAGCCCGAGGUACCAGUACUGGACCCACGUGCGCAACGACAUGGUGCCCUGGUACGCCUGCUGCACCGACACCCACUACACCGCCACCGUGGUAGUCGACAAGAGCUCCUGGUUCACCAACUUGUGGAACACCUACAUCAGGCAAAAGGCGUCGGGAGAAGUGACGUUGUCGCUGGCCGAGCGUUGCGCCAUCUUCUACAAGAAGCGCCCCAGCCACUGCGGCCACCGUUGGGUGCGCCGGCGCCGCGCCAGAGGCCGUGGCGACCCUCACAUCGUCACCUUCGACGGCCUCGAGUACACCUUCAACGGCUGGGGCGAGUAUUGGUACACUUCCGCCACUGCCAACGCGGACACUGCCUGCCAAAUCCAGGUGCAAGUGUCGGGCACGAGCAGGGACACCUUCGAGGUGCUCAUUGACCAGGUGGCCGUGGACUGGACCCAGUUGCCCGCCGACACCAGCUCCACGAGUGCUGGCAACAUCGUGGUCACCAGGGACUCGGCCACCAGCUCCUUCCUCCUCACCGCCGACGACGUGGCCAUCAACGUGACCAAGGGCCCCGGCGGCGUCCUCACCAUCACCGGCGACCUGGGGGACGCCUAUUCGGGCAAAGUCCGGGGCCUGGGCGGCAACGCCAAUGGCAACAUCGACGACGAAAUGCAGACGCCGACUGGCGAAACCAAGGUCACGGACAGGAAUAGCCUGGCGGACAUCCACGCGAAUUUCGGCGAAACGUGGCGCAUUGCCCUCGACACGCAGUCCUUCAUGGCGUAUCCCAGCGGGAAAACGUUCACCGACUACAACGGAAGCACUCAAAAGACCUACGCGCCGUCCUUCGUCAAGGUGACCGCCUCCGGGGACGCCACUUGCGGCUCCAACGCCGCCUGCGCCUACGACCUGACCACGACCGGCAGCACCGCCGUCGCCGGAGAGACCAAGACCCAAGACGAGUCCGCUGCCAAGGCUGCCACGAGUCUCAAUGAAAACGUCGUCCUCUGCCCCGUCAAGCCCGAGCUCAACUUGCCCCACUACUACGUGGGCCAGACGUACACCAAGACCUGCGCGGCCAACGAGAAACUCGUCGGCGACCCCACUGUCCGCUGCGACGCCGACGGCACGUGGAAAGAACCCCUGAGUGCCUGUGCCCCGAACCCGUUUCCAGCGGCGGUGACGUCCCUGUUGAGCAUUGCUGGACCCAUAUCCCAGAGAAACGAAAUGUUCACCACAGCGGGGAAUGGGGUUUCUCCUGUCCCGGAGUCCGUUUCACUGACCCCGGGUGAUAUUCUCAUGUUCCGAUGGUGA